AUGUGGCAUAUUAUUUCCAGAAACAUCUCCCUGUGGUUGUAUGGUUCUACUGAUGCUGUGCUCGUAUCUGCUCCAGCUUCCUGUGAAAAGCACUGGCUCCUGAGAAGGCAGGGCCAAAUGCGGCGAAGCAGCGACCUGCACUUUCUGGGUCUGCGGGUCACUGCGCACCUCCUGUCCACUCCCGGAUGCCCCUUCCACGUGCCACGUGCACGUCUCCGCCUUGGGAGGGAUUCAAAAAUUCAUCGAUGA